AUGCCCAAAGCAUUUGUAACCGCUGCCACCGGCUCCCAGGGCUCGGCGCUCUGCCGCCUGCUCCUCUCCAAGCCUUCCGCUUCGCCCUCAUCGGGAGCCGCCGAGCCCUGGACCGUGGUCUCCACGACGCGCAACACCUCGUCCCCCGCGGCCAUCGCCCUCGCCGAGCUGGGGGUCGGCUUGACGCAGGCCGAGUGGGACAACACGCCUGCCCUCGAGGCCGCGAUCCAAGGGUGCACCCACCUGUUUCUCAACCUCAUGCCCAACCUCAAGACCAUGGAGUCGGAGCUCCCCUUGGCCGAGAAGAUCCUCGACAUCGCGGGGCGGAGCGGCGUCAAGCACAUCAUCUACUCGUCCGCCUACACGGGCAACGACGACAAGAAGGACAAGCCCAAGGACAAGGCAACCAACGGCGACGACGGCGACGAUGACGACAACAGCAGUCCAAUCGCAAAGCUAAUGAACGCCCUGCACGACGGCAAAUACGCCAUCGAGAAGCUCGUCCUCUCCUACGCCCACGCCCAAAACACCACCACCACCACCACGACCUCCACCUCGUCAAUCCAGACCGCCACCGUCCUCCGCCCGGGCUUCUUCCAACUCAACUUCCUCCUGCCGCGCGUCUCCAUGAUGUACCCAGCCCUCCCCUCCACCCGGGUCUGGACCACCGCCCUCCGCGCCGACACGCCCAUCCCCAUGGUCGACGUGCGCGACAUUGCCCGCCUCGCGGCGCUCGUGUUCGACCAGCCCGCGCGCUUCAACGGCAAGGUCCUGCCCGUGUGGGGCGAGCUCCUCAUUCCGGGGCAGAUCAUGGCGGAGCUCGGCGCCGCGGUGGCCGAGCUGGAGAAAGAGCAAGGCAGCACUGGCACCAAGGGCAGCCGCGGUGCUGAGUUCAAGGCCGAGUUCCUCACCGACGAGCAGGUCGCAGAGCGCAAGCCCACAGACCUGUUUGCCAACGUCCAGCUCCUCAUGCGCGGCAUGGGCAGGGCCGCCGCCGAGGUGCACCCCCCGCCCAGCUACGGGGUCGAGAUGACCUCCUUCCGCGAGUUCCUCGCCGCGGAGCGCGAGCUGGUCAAGAAGACUUACUUGCCGUGAAGUUUGGUCCAGUGCCGUCUCUGUUGUUCACUAGACCACAGAAUUAGGGGGUUUGGGGAGGAAGGUGUGCUAGUGGCAUGUUCAAUUGUUCUUUGGAAAACGGUCUAUGACUCGGUCAACUAGAAGAGGUCGUCGCAUACUUGUACACUCUCGAUCUCAC